GAGAGCAGAAAUCAUUUGGAUCUGAAGCAGGAACUGGAGGAAGAUCCUUCAAGAAGACUCCUCAGCCUUUUGUGCGGGCACACAGCAGGGUCUGACACGGGCCAUGGCUGAGCGCGUGCUGGUGAUCGGCAGUGGAGGCAGGGAGCACGCCCUGGCCUGGAAGUUGGCUCAGUCCCCACAUGUCAAACACGUGUUUGUGGCUCCAGGAAAUGCAGGGACAGCUGACAAUGGAAAAAUCUCCAAUUCAGCUGUAUUAGUGAGCAAUCACACCAUUGUUAUCCAGUUCUGCAAAGAUCAUAACAUUGGGCUGGUGUUAGUUGGCCCAGAAGCUCUUUUGGCAGCAGGGAUUGUGGAUGACCUGAGGGCAGCAGGAGUUCGGUGCUUUGGGCCCUGUGCCAGGGCAGCCCAGCUGGCAUCCAACAGCAGCUCCAGCAAAGCCUUCCUGGAGAGGCACGGGAUGCCCACGGCGCGCUGGAGAGCCUUCAGCGACCCCCAGGAAGCCUGCAGGUUCAUCACCAGUGACCCCAAAACCUGUUUUUAUGGACUUGGCCUUGUGAUUCAAGCAGCAAUUGAUGGCAAACUCUGCAGCUGCAUGCCAGCCUGGUCAGAGAACAGAACUGCUGUGUGUGUGGUCAUGGCCAGCCCAGGAUACCCAGCAGACUCUGACAAAGGCAUGGAGGUAACAGGGCUUCUGCAAGCCAAGGCCUUGGGGCUGCAGGUGUUCCACGGGGGCACAGCACUGAAGGAUGGCAGGGUGGUGACAAGUGGUGGCAGAGUCCUGUCCAUCACUGCUGUCAAGCAGGACCUGAUGGAAGCCCUGGGAGAAGCCAACAGGGGUGUGGCCACCAUCCACUUCCAGGGGGCCACCUUCAGGAGGGACAUUGGGCACCGGGGCCUGCAGCUGCUCCAGCAGCCCCUAACCCUGAUGUACAAGGACAGACACGUGGGAGCUGAAACCAGGGAGGUUUUGAGGCACCUGCCACAAACAUCAGCUGUGAGAGGCACCAGGGCAGGAGGUCUCUCAGAAGGAGGAGGUUUUGCUGCUUUCUUUGACCUGAAGGCAUCUGGUUACCACGAUCCCAUCCUGGUGUCCCAGACCAGGGGCCUUGGACCCAAACUGCAGGUUGCCCAGGUCUGUAAAAGACACGACACCAUCGGGCAGGAACUGGUGGCCCUGUGUGUCAAUGACCUCCUGGCCCAGGGGGCUGAGCCCCUCUUCUUCCUCACUCAUUUGGCCUGUGGCAAACUCGAUGCUGAAGUGAUGGAAACCAUCAAGGAAGGAAUAGCUGAGGCUUGCAGGAGUGCAGGGUGUGCUUUCCUGGGUGAACAGGUGACAGAAGUGGCAUCCCCGUGUCCCCCUGGGCACUGUGACCUGGCUGGCUUCGUGGUGGGUGCAGUGGAGAGGGGGCAGAGGCUGCUGGGGCUGCAGAGAGCCCAGGAGGGGGAUGUGCUGCUGGGGCUGGGCUCCCCCAGCAUCCACGGCCGCGCGUUCGGCGUCGUGCGCAGGAUCCUGCUGACAUCGUCCCUGCACUGCUCCUCACCAGCCCCGGGCAGCUGUGGGGACACCACUCUGGAUGCUCUCAGCUGGAAGAUCCCUGAAAUCUUUUGCUGGCUUUACAAGGAGGGGAACCUCUCUGCAGAGGAGAUGGCUCAGACCUUUCCCUGUGGGAUUGGGGCUGUCUUGGUCGUGCAGAAGGAGCUGGCCCAGCAUGUUCUCCAGGACAUCCAGAGGCAGCAGGAGGCCUGGCUGAUUGGGAAGGUGGUUGUCCCUUGUCACACAGCAGGUUCUCACAUUGAAGUGGAGAAUCUUGCAGAGGCCCUGCAGCUGCUGAGCAGCAGCAGGGCUGAGAUCCAGCCCCAGCCCAGGAGGAGGAAGGUGAAGGUGGCUGUUCUUGUCUCUGGAGCAGGGCCAUUUCCUCUCACCCUUUCACUUGGGACAUGGCAGAAAAGACUGACCCCACCUCACUGCAGCCUCCUUUCAAAUCAUGGAGUGUCCUGGAGUGAAUCCAGUUUGUUCCUCUUUGUUGCCCAAGCAGCUGCCAUCAGUCCCACCGAGCUGUUUCCUCCAUGUGGCUUUUGUUGUGUUUCGCUGCUGCAGGUGAUCGAUCACAAAUUGUACGGGAGUCGCUCGGAAUUCGACAGCACCAUCGACAGAGUCCUGGAGGAAUUCUCAGUGGAGCUGAUCUGUCUGUCAGGAUUCAGGAGAGUUUUGUCCAGCCCUUUUCUCCGAAAGUGGAAAGGGAAAAUUUUGAAUGCUUCUCCAUCACUUUUUCCACACAUCAAGGAUGGAAAUGCCCAUCAAGAGCCCCUGGAAAGUGGAUUCAAAGUCGAAGGCUGCACUGUGCAUUUCGUCCUGGAGGAGCCGGGCGCCGGGGCCGCGAUCCGCCGGGAGCCGCUGCCGGGGGACCCGGAGGCCGCGCUGGAGCAGCGGCUGCAGGAGGCCGAGCUCAGGGCCUUCCCCCUGGCCCUGCAGCUGGUGGCCAGCGGGGCCGUGUGGCUGGGAGCCCACGGCAGAACGUGCUGGAAGAGGGACGGUGUUAUUACAGGUGAAAACUCUGGUCCAAGAAUAAAGGCACUUCAGAAUUCCUGA